GCUCUUGUGCUGGGAACUGUAUUGUGCUGCUUGGAGGGUGUUGAUUUGAAACUGAGCAGAGCCUGGUAUGUUCUGUCAGGGCUGGCUGUUAACCUCGGAAGAUGGGGAAAUCUGCAUCUGGCAGCAGAUGUUCAGUGUCUCAGCCACAGGUUUCUGGUUGCCCUUGUUCCUAUGGCUCGAGCUGAGAGGGGCCCCGAUCCCUGCCGUGUGUUGGAGCAGCAGCGGAUGCUAAUUAUGGCCAGCCUGUAUCUGAUUUCUGACAGCAUCCCACUGAUGAUUAAUUUUGUUCCUAGGAGUCGAGUGUAGUUCAUCAGAUUGGUAAAGUAAGGUCAUUAGUCUGAAGAAUGCAGCUUAUUUUUUGGCCUCAAAUGCUUUUGUCACUGAAUGGCUAUAUAAGUGUUGACAAAAACACCGUGAUGAUAUUAUUAUAUGGACAUGAAUAAAAACAACUAAGGGAGGCAUUUAAAACCCUUCCAGACAAAUGUGAUUGCUAAGGAACAUCUUAAACUGCUUUUCUGAAAUAUUAAAAAUAUGACAGUUGAGAUUUGUUAGACCAAAAAUGUGCUCAAAACUAAGUUUAUGCCCAGUGUUUAUAAAACAACGCUAAAAAAAACCCCUUAAAAUAUGUUGUACUGAAAUCAGUGAUUCAGCAUAUGGAAAUAGAAUUUGUGGAAAUGCAGCGGCAGAUUUUAGUAAUGGCUGCUUCUGGUGCUGAGCUAUUUUUAAUGGCAAAAGUGUUGCCAUUAUCUUAGGUGCAGUGAAGCUGAGGAGAAGAAGGGUAGUGUCCUUGUUUCAGGUGUGCAGAGGGGAAAAGAAUCAAAGAAAUGAGAUCUCUUACCUCUGGAAAACCCAAAGGGUCUUCAAGUAGAAAGAGUUUACUUGGUUGCCAAAUUUGCAAACAUAAUUUACAUAUCAGUGUGGAAGGGUCAUAUAUGUACAGCAUCUAUGACAACAUUCAGAGUUUCAAGGUAAAAGAAUCUUCCUGUCUAAAGACAAGUGAUUUUUUUAGUGACCUUCAAUAGCAUAUGUCAGCAUUGAGUUAGUUUUAUUUUUGUGGGGAGGGGAGAGUUAAAAUGCCAGUUGAAUCAAACUGAAUAUUAAAUUUAGAGUUUUCCUGUUUGCUGAUUUAAAAUAUUGUGGCUGCAGAGCAGAGGAAUUCAGAUGAGCCAGAGAAUAUUGACCUGAUUGAUUGCUCUGGGACAGUAGAAGGAGAACUAGGAUAUAUUGUAAAAUGUCCAAUGGUUAUGAAGAUCACAUGGCUGAAGAUUGCAGGGAUGAUAUUGGUAGGACAAAUUUAAUUGUGAACUACCUCCCUCAGAACAUGACACAGGAUGAAUUACGGAGUCUUUUCAGCAGCAUCGGUGAAGUGGAAUCUGCAAAACUUAUUCGGGACAAAGUUGCAGGACACAGCUUAGGCUAUGGCUUCGUGAAUUACGUAACUGCAAAAGAUGCUGAAAGAGCAAUAAACACACUGAAUGGCCUCAGACUUCAGUCGAAAACUAUCAAGGUUUCCUAUGCUCGCCCAAGUUCUGAAGUUAUCAAGGAUGCUAAUUUAUAUAUCAGUGGCCUGCCCAGGUCAAUGACACAGAAGGAUGUAGAAGAUAUGUUUUCCCGUUUUGGGCGCAUCAUCAACUCCCGUGUGCUUGUGGAUCAAACCACAGGUUUGUCCAGAGGGGUCGCAUUUAUCCGGUUUGACAAAAGGUCAGAAGCAGAAGAGGCAAUUACAAAUUUCAAUGGUCACAAACCCCCAGGUUCCUCCGAGCCCAUUACAGUGAAGUUUGCAGCCAACCCUAACCAGAACAAAAAUGUGGCACUGUUGUCGCAGCUGUGUCAUUCACCAGCUAGACGGUUUGGAGGGCCAGUGCAUCACCAGGCGCAGAGAUUCAGGUCAGCAGAGAAUCAGGAUGUGCCACCGCCCUGCUCUUGGCAGAGAGCAGCUCGUGUACCGCUUUUAAGGGGUUUGCAAAUCACCAGUGGUACACCUCAAUUUGGGAACCCCUGGUUCUCUCCUAUGGGUGUAGAUCACAUGAGUGGGCUUUCUGGUGUAAAUGUUCCAGGAAACGCAUCUUCUGGCUGGUGUAUCUUCAUCUACAACCUUGGUCAAGAUGCUGAUGAGGGAAUCCUCUGGCAGAUGUUUGGCCCCUUUGGUGCGGUUACCAAUGUGAAAGUUAUUCGAGAUUUCAACACCAACAAGUGCAAAGGUUUUGGUUUUGUGACCAUGACAAACUAUGAAGAAGCUGCAAUGGCCAUAGCAAGUCUUAAUGGCUACCGCCUGGGGGACAAAAUCUUACAGGUUUCCUUCAAAACCAACAAGUCCCACAAAUAACUUGCUCGUGCUUUUUGUAUGGAGUAGAUAAUGGAGUGACAGAAGUUGAAACAUUUUUGUUAGUGUAAAACUCAUUUUGCGCCAAUUUUCACAAGUGUUUGUCUUAGUCUAAAUGAGAAGUGAAAAGGUUUUAUAUUCUGGGAUGCAACUGACAUGUUCAAAUGUUUGAAAUCCCACAAUGUUAGACCAAUUUUAAGUUCCUUUAAGUUAUUUCAUUUAAAACAUGUUAAAACUCCCCUGAAAUCUUAAGUAGAUUGCAUUAACUAGAUCCUCUGGAUGGUGGUAAAAUUGAAGCAUGCUUUCACUUAUGAGACUAACAUUUGUUUCAUUGAAUGUUGUCUGCAAAAACUGGAAUUUUCUGAAAAAUAUCAGGCUGAAUUCAUUGAUUUUCUUUGGUUUUAUGUUGUUCUUCCUACCCAUUCCCCUGUCCUUUUGUUUCCCCCCCAGUUUCAGUAGUAUGGAAGAAUAGUUGAGAAAUACUAAUGUUUUAGUUGACAGUAAAUUGUUUGAUCAAUUAAUAUUCAUUAUUCUGUGUCUAGUUGAGGAUCAGGCUUUUUAAAGUCAAGGUCUUGUAAGUAGUAGCAUGCCAGCCUAACUUUAACACCAUUGAGGAGGUAAGUUGCACACUGAGCAGUGGCCAAGCUGUCCAAUUCACAGGUUUUAGAAAGGUGACUUUUAAAGCCCAUUUUGAGAGGAAUGGACCAAAGAGUUUCAAAGAAACUCCGGGAAGAUUUCAGAGUCAAAAUGAAACUCCAAAAAAGCGAGUGUGAAUAUAUGUUGCUACUUUAUCAGACUGAAUCUCUUCUGUCCAAAUAUUUAAUGCAUGGUGCACUACUUACUGGUACAUUAUAAUACAGCAAGAUACUUACUAAUUUUCCAAGAUCAUUAUAGUUGGAAUUCCUUUGGCAGUUCUAUUUUGUAAAGAAAAACCAGUUAUAAACAUUUGAGCAUUGUAUUUCUCGCAUCCCUUCUAAUGAGUGCUAGUUUUUCUAUUUUAAUAGGAUUUUGUUUUGACAACUAGCUUUACUUAUUGAACACUCAGCAGAAAAGUACUUACAACUUGCAAGUUAGAUAUUAACCAAAAACCCCUUUGAUUUGUAGAUUUAAAGAUUAAUCCCCCAGGUUUUCUGCAGACUGCCUUGAAACUUUGAGUUGUUCUGUUUCUGUUAAUUUUCUUUUGCUUUUUUGUGUUUUUUGUUUGUUUUUACUUUUGCAUUUAAGAACAUUAAAUUUGAUUUUGUUUUGCUCAAAUUUUGUUUUGUUUUUUAUUUUCUGUUCUUUUUUUUGCUAAGUAUUGCACAAAGUGUCCAGCUUUCAGAGUGUUGUUUUAAGGAACUGUAGCUCUUCUUUAAGAGAAUUUUAAUUUACUACUUUGACAGAUGAGUAGAAGAAAAAGAGUUUUGAAACAAGCAUCACAAUAAAUCUGUCACAUAGAAAUGAUGUGUCACAGACUGAUGUAAGCCUCAGGUGUGCUUGGGUAGGAAACUGGGAAGGCUGACCCUACCUGUACAGGUGUGUGAGCUGCUGUGCACAACUAGAGACUUGGCUCUGGUGUUUAUGUAAGUAGAGCAGGUGUGGAAAUGAGGUCUGUGGCAUUUUAAUCCAGUGUCUCCUUGUUUUGCCUGAAUCUCUACCAGCCCCAGAGUUCAUUUCCAAACUCCAGAGGCCAGUCCGUGCUGCCUGCUUGUCACACUCUAUCCCCAGCUGACCUUGCCUUGUGCUUGCCACCAUUUGUCCUCUCCUUGCCAUGGGAUCUGCACAGCCCGAGGGCUCCCUCAGCCUCCCCAUGUGGCUGAGCUGCUGCCCAGCUCCAGGGAGGACCUGUGGGAGCUGCUGAUGUUCCUGGACAUUCCCAGGACAUAUCUAAACCCUCCAGACAGGCCUUGGCCCAGCAAGCAGCCUCCUGCUGAGUUUGCACUUGGGUGCUGUGAAUGCAGGUGGGAUUUUUCCUGUUAAAGCAUCCAACCUUGCCUCUCCUGAUGGUCUGUUCCCUCCUCAUCUCUUGAGAAGCUCAGUGGUCGAUGAAACAGUGACUGUGACACAGCAGCCAGCCCACUCCCACCCUCCAUAGCUGCUCUUGGCUGUCAGAGGUUUCCUUCCACCAAUUAAUCACCAUCCAUAUAUCACAUCAAUGAUUAUUUCUUUUCUGUGUACAAGGAGAGCUUGGGAAGCGUUCUGGGGGUUCUCCCAAGUUGAAGCUGUGUAGUACAGAGAAGUUCUCUUACCAUAUCCCAUCAUUGUUUCCUGUUCCAUCCUGUUCCACAGGAGUGGGCUGUAGUCAUUCCGAGUUCCUGUCAUUCUCUCUUGCUUUAUUCCGUUGAAGAUAAAUUUGCUAAACUAAAUGGGAGUUGCUGUUUAUCACAAUAUUUAACUGGGGGUUCAGACUUCCAGCGAGUGACCCCUCAAUAUGACUCUGUAUGAGUACUAGUUCCAAGCACACUGGCCAUGGCAGCAGCACAUUGCUGUACUGCCACUUUUAAGAAAAACUCCUUCCUUUAGAUGCUUGCUGGCAUCACUGUUCCUUGCUUUUUCCACUCCUUCCCUAUUUUUCCGUUUCUCAUUCUUUGCUAAAUAAGAAGGAUAUGCAGGAUAUGGUUUUAUACCGCUACUACAACAAUCUCUUUUAGGAAAGGUCUGAUUCUAGCUUUCUUUGAUAGUUGCUCUGAUAGUAAUUUUCAGGCAAUUGGUAUGAGUAAAGCACUGCUGCUCGAGUCAGGAAAAAAGGAAAAACUCCUGCUACUAUCCAGAGCUGAUACCAGAAGUAGUGUAUGAUCUGCACUAUUCUAACAGUCAAUAAAACCUGGCAUAAAUAGCUGAAGUCCAGAAAAAAAUGUGUAUGUAUUCUUGAUGCAUUUGGUCCUAAACAGCAGACCAAAAAGGAAGCUUCUGGGGGUGGAAACUAAAUUCUAACAAGACAUCUGCUAGGAGUUUUUCUGCGCAAAAGGCAAGAGCGACUGGUUUCCUCCUCACACCGUGCUUUGAAGCUCUCACUUGAACAGACCUGUUUCAAGAGAGGUUUUGGCCUCUUUAUUCUUCAAGAGUGUUCUUUCAUCCAUCAAUUUGAUGGAAUGCAGGUGUUUCUGUCAGGUGAUGCUUCUAUCAGUCAGCGCUUACAGCAUUUUGGUAGAACCAAAGGGCUGUCUCAAAGCAGAGGUCUCACAUUGCUCGUGAGAUGCAGUGGUCUCAUUUAGGUAGAGAGUUCUGGAAAGUCUUCAUUGGUGGAUUAGGAUGUGAUGAUCCGAUUUUGGAGACCUGGAUUUGUUGGUCUGUACUGGAGGUGUGCUACAGGAACAGCUGAGAUGGGACUGUUCUGCGGUCCUUUAGAGUAGGUUUAGAGUCUCUUGGGACAGCCCCAGGUGUAGCUUCUGAAGGACCAGGUGUCAUUCCUGCUGAAAACACAUUGUCCAUGCUGUUAUCACAGGGUCUCACGUAUAGAUGCCAAGGGGAGUUGCUACAUUUGUUUCCCAGAUGUCCACAUGACUGGAAUUCACUGUGUGUGGAAUGUGGCCAUGAGCCUCAUCACCUAUAAACUUCCUGUUAGCCAUUAGCAGCCAGGGCAAUCCCACAUAAAUAUGGAAGAGGAAUCUCUGAUGUUGCUGUAUGUGCUUGGUAUGAGCUGGUAAAGGCACGUGCAGAUCCUUCAGGUGAGGGGAUGGCAACACCAGAAGUUGAGACAUGAACAGAAUCAGAGCAGCUCAGUGUGUUCAGUUCUCAGUGAUUCCCUGUUAGAUGGUGUCUGUGCACUGGAAGUGUUGGAUUUAUUUUAUUUUAUACUUCAAGCUGCAUUAUCAUAAAAUUUGGUUUACUUGAGCUGUUCCCCUCUCCUGUCAGAGACUGGCCCCUGCAGUUACUGUUGCCUCCUGAGCCCUCGUGUGCCAAUCCCUGUUCUUGCUCUGGGACUGGGAGAGGCUUGAGGAUCCAGCUCUUAGGGUGAGUGGAGAAGUCACCAUCGCCACAGUGGUGUGUGGGUGGCCUUACAGCUUUUCUUUCCCUUUGCUUGGAUAUGUUUUUUGUACAUCUGUAUCAUGUGAGCAUGAAAACCACUGAAAAUCCAGAGAUGAGUCACUGGAGCAGGAUAAAUUGUCACCGCAGUGAACACUGGUUGCUCAAGUGUGUGGUCACUUGCCCUUGUCCAGAUGACCAGAGGGUGUUUGCAUGGAGAGGACACCUAUUUUUGUAGGUGGUUUGAAUGUUAUAGUAACAUUAUUUAUGCAAAGCAGUUAAAAGUCUUUUAAAAAGUUAAAAAAAACCUUGAUAUAAUUCAUAGAAAGAAUAUCCAGCAGUCAAAACCAAAACGAUGAAUGAACUGUAAAGGUGAUCCAUUAUUUUAAGGCUGAGUUUAGAAAAUGAAUAGUCCUUAAGGUCCUUCAACAUUUGUUACAAUUCUGUGUUGCUUUAAUGUUCUGGGUAAGGUCAAUAAAGUAGAAAUUCUUCAAAUAUUUCAGGAGAUAUUUUCUUUUCAGUGCAUUUUAAAUGGCAAUAACUCAAGUUCCUUUUUGGAUAGUUUAUCGUUACAUACGUGCUUUAAAAAAACAAACUUGGAGAAUGUCCCCACGUUUACUUUUCUAACACAAUAUACAGGUCAAAUGAUGAAAUAAACUGUUUAUUCAAAGUAGCUCCUCUGCCUGCAGAAGGUUAGAGUUUCUGGAAGGUUUUUAACACACGACUCUUGUGAGCUGCUGGUAGCCUGGUUCAGUCAAAUAAGCACAGAGCAGUUUCUCUGGAUGCUGUCUCUGUUAGAAGGUCACCAUAUUUUUUUAUUUCCAUAAUGAAGAAAUAUGUUCUUUAUAACUCUGUCAUUGAAGCACCUUAUUGUUGUAUUUCUAUGUUUAGGUAUCUACAAAUAGCUUUAGAGGGAAGGGACCAAAUUCACCUUUAGCAUAAGGAAACACCAACCCCUUGAGCUCCCCGAGCGGAGCUGUACUUGUGUUUUGGCUUUUGUUUUGUUUUGUUUUUACUUUCCAAGAGCUAAAUUUAUUGCCUGAGGUAUUUUAAUCUCUAUUUGGAAGCAGGAGAGUCUUUUUGUGCCUUUGGCAAGUUCCUCUAACGCAGUUCUGCACUACUCAAGGUUGGCUACUCAGCACAGUAGAAUGGAUAAAUCCAGAGCUCAAGAGGCCAGUGGUUAUUUUCUCUGAUUAUUAUAUUUAUUAUUACUGGGUUUCUCCUUAUUAACAUAAAAAAUAAAAAAUGUGGAGUUCAUAAAAAGGGUCUCAGUUCCCUCCCUCUCACUUGGAAGAGCAGUACCUCUAUGACAACCAGUGGAUUGAAAAUCACCUAAUUAAUUUCUAAGCAUCCACUCGUAGGUUGAUCAGGUACAGCAUCAUUUCAGUGCUUGCUGUUUGUGGUAGUCUCACGUAGUCAAACAAAACCAAACUCAGAAUGUUGCUUUCUUAUCCUGCAUGAUUUAAAAACAGUGAAAGUCUUUAUGAUCUCUAAAGCAUACCCACCACCCCAUGAGUGGGUUUGACAUUCAACUCUGGUGAUUCCUUCUAGAUUACACUCGAUCAAACAGCAACAAAGGUUUAGAAAUACUUUUUUGUUGAGUGGAGUUUUCAGCACUGAAAUUCUCUUUUGUUGCUAAUGAUGGGAAAACAGUAAUGAUAGAACUGCCACCUGAAACCUUGGAAAAUUGCUUCUAUGUUCACAUUUUAGAAUCUCAAUAUUCUUCUACUGUUGUUCCUUAUUUCUAAACAUUUUUGAGCAAGUUUUUAGUGGUAUGGGUGAACUUUUUCACUUGGUCAUUGAGAAGAAAAUGACUUGAGACAUUUGAAACAUAAGUUGGGAUAAACCUUUAUUUGAUGAGUAAUUUGAAUAAUACUGUACUUCUAGUCUUUUUAUUGAUUUAUUUUCCUUUAACUUAUGUAAUCUUUUGUUUAUAAACUAAUCUGUUUGUGGGACAGAAGGUUUUAUCAAUUGCUUUCCAUACUGUACAGUAUAUGGUUACACAUUUUGUAUAUUUAGUGUGUUUUUAAGUUAUUGAUUUGUUUUAUAUCAAAUAAUUUAUUUUUCAGGUACCAUUUUCAUUUAAACUUUGUUUUUACAUGGGUUUACUUUAAAUAAAGUAUGACACUGCUUUCCAAAUGUCUAAAAUGAAGUUGAAUCCCAUUGUGUUAUUUUGAGAUGAUUUAUGUAAAUUAACUUAUUUUAGAAAUAACUGCAAAAAUGUACCAAGUUCAUACUUUGGUUGUGCUUCAAUUCAAGUGCUUGGAAAUUCUCUGCAAUGAUUUUUGAGCAGUUUGAAAAAAAUGGAAUUUUCAUAUUGAAACAGUUCAAAGAUUUGUUGAUGAAGCAGCAGCUUUGUAGAAUCCUGUGGAUGGAGUUAUGAACAUUGUUUUCUAUAUGGAUUUUCAAAAUUAAAUGAAACAACUCAUAGAUAUUUUACACUGGUGUUAAGACUUAAAUGAUAUUAUCUAUGUUAAUAGUGCAAAGGAGUUUUGUACUUUUGCCACAUGUUCAUGGCUGGUUUUGUUGAGCACUUGUUUGGAACAUACUUGGGAUGCUUUUACUUGAGCCCUGGUGAAGGGUGUUGUACUUCAAAAUAGAAUUAGGCUUUUACUUAAUUGUUCAUAUUUUGUCUCUUUUUCCCUGCAGGAAUUGGAUUGUUAUUGUGCAGUUUGGAUUUGACAUGUUUUCAGAAGAAUCUGAACUGUGUUCAGGAAUAGGCCAAUCAAGGUUCCUCCACUAAAGAUUUUGUAACUUGCGGCCUUGUUAGAAAGAUGGAAUUAAAAGAAGAGGCUUAGUUUCCUUUUUAUCUUUCAGGAAAAAAAGUUGUUGUCUUUAUCUUACAUUUUUCUUCCUGAUAAAACCAAACCCAAAGCCCAGCUACACGGGCUUUCUGUUACUAAGAAAUCUGUAGAGAAACUUCAUUAGGGAGCUCCUGGAGAAACAGCCUCAAGUUGGUCCAUUGGAGGUUUAGAUUGGAAGAAGAGCUUCUGCAAAUUGUGCCAGGAUUGUCAAGCCCUGGCAGAGAGCAGUGGUGGAGUCACCAUCCCUGGAAGUGUUCAGAAAACACAGCUGUGGCACGGGGGGUCCUGGGCUAAUGGUGAACAUGGUGGUGCUGCCAUGAUGGUUGGGCUUGAUCACCUUAGAGGGCUUUUCCAACCUAACAGCUGUGAUUCCAUGAGAAGGGACCAUCAGUGCAGGUCAGGCUCCCUGGUGCCUGGUGAGGCUGGGGCAGGAAAGACACCCCCAGGUAACACCCUGGGGGAGGUUCUGUGGGGUUUUUCAGAAAUGCUUCUGAAACCACGGCCUUGUGGUUGAAGGAACACGUGUAAUCACAUGUGUAACACAUAUAAUCCUGCUGGUUCUGCACAGACCGUGUUCCAGCCUUAGUCCUUUCUUCACCAACACAAACUUCUAGUUUUGGUAAGCUGAAGUCUGUCCUGCUGCAUUUCAGCAGGUGCCUCAUGUCCUUUAGUCACAGAAGUAAUCCCUCUGAGAGCUGGGCUAAUUGUUAUACCUUUGAGAUGUUCCCUCUCAUUUUUCUCUUAGAGGCUUACUGUGAAAAGUGAUGGAAAGUAAGAGGUAUAAAUAGUGUUUCAUGUAUGAUGUCAUGGAACGUGUGGCAGUGCUGCCUCAGCUCAGGAUCUCUUCCAACUCAGGAGUUUUUAGAUUUGCAGUUAUUUUUUCUGUGAUGGGAGUUUCUCAGUUCAGCACUGUUCACCAUAUGGAAUUAUUUGUUGAGCUAAACUAGUAAAGAGCAGAAGUGAGAAUUUCUAUUCCUUCCAUUAUACCAGUGGAUUGUUGAAUGUGCAGCAUCUGGUGUAUUCAGGCAUGCUUCAUCAGGAUUUAGACUUUUCUUGGGUUUUCCUUUGCAUGGAACUGGAACACCUUCUCCAUUCGUGCUCCCACCAGAGUUCAUCUUAUGUGGGUCACUUUUGCUCAUGUUCAUUUUGACCACUAUUGUAUUUUCCAUGUUUUCCAUGUUUUUCUUCUGUGAAAAAUCAUGAGGGAAAAAAAUAGAUUAAAUUCCAAAAAGCUUAAUAGCAGACAUGGCCACGUGAAGUUCUAGCCCCUCAGAAAUGGCUCUUUUUUUAAAAGCAAACCAAAAAACUUAGUGUAGACCCAUUAACGCCCAGACAGGGGCCCUGGGUUUCGCAGGAUUCCUGACAGGCUCUCUGUCUGACUAUUCCCCCUCCUUGCUCUGCUGUUGUGGUAUCCUGCUUCCAAAUUUCACUCUCUUAAUUUCCAGAACAGUGAAAGAGGGAGAAAAAGAGAAAAAAGGUUUUAAACUGAUAUGUCAAAGAAAGAUGUCUGAAUCGUUUUCUCUGUAUUUCCUAUCCUUAAAAAGGGAAGAAUAUGACUGUAAGAAACGUCCUGGGUCAUGCUAAUGCUACACUUGCUCCAAAUUCUGUCCCAGCAGUAGCAGUGAGCAGCUAUUUAAGGAAAGCCUGGCUGCAUCCCCCCCUCCCUUCAUUCCCCUCGUGCUUCCCCAGCUCAGCAGUAGCUCAGUGUCAGAGGGGCCCUGCCUAUUCCCCAAAUACCUCCUCUUCUUUAGAGUCCUGAUUUUUGAAACUGCCUUUCUUUUCCCUAAACUGUCCUCUGCUUCCAUCCUGUACUGACAGCAGGAAGGGGAAGUGGAACGUUUGGGAGUGGUUUUGCACGUGUGUGCUCUCUGUGCAGCUGAAUGAAGGUGAAUAAAUCACGAUGUUUUGCUCUUUGCACUAUGACACACUUUCUUUUUUGUCUUUUUUUUAAAGUGUUUAUGUAUAGAAAUAGUGAUGAGCAACAUGGGACUCUGAAUCUAGUUUGUCAAAACAUAACUUGUACUAACAUCUCAUUAGCAAAUAAUAUUUCAUUGCAGCAAGAUUAAUUUAAACCAAAUUUGGCACAGUUAAAAUACAGAUUUUCUUUAUUUGAAUUUUAAGUGUGGUUUAAAAAGUUCUAAAGGUUGACCUUUCCAGAAUGGAGAGACUUCUCCCUGCAGGUCUGGAGCUCCAUGCUUAUAAAAGAGCAUGUGCUCAAACUAGAAGAACAAAGAACUGAGUUUAAUAAAAAUAAAGUUUGAGGCUUCCUGUGUUCUCAGAGUAGGGAUCAGAGGAGCUGUUAGACCUACUUUAACAAACCUGUUAAACCUACUGUUUGAAUGUGUUGGAACAGAUUCUGCCCCAAGAGAAGGCUCAUAGAGGAGAGCAGAGCAGGAGUGGUUUGGCUUGGGAGCAGAGUUGGGGCAGUGUAAGCAGUGCUGAGCUGCUUCCUGCCAUGGGCUCCAGCUCUGGUGUCACAGGAGGAGGAGGCACUGGCAGGACUCCAAGGCUGUCUUGCAGCCCAUGAGCAGCUGUGGUAAGUAGCUCGUGCUUCUCAGUCCUGGCACAGAGGGGUUUGGUCUUGGUCUAACCAGACUUGCAGAAUUUGUGAUGAAACACUUUUGUGACCACGUAUCCUGCUUUACCUUUCUGUCCCAGCUUGUCCCUUCUGCUUUGCAUUGUUCAAGAGACACAGAGUGCAUAAAGUUAGUGUGUGUGUACACACACGUAGUACCUGUGUGUAAUAAAACAUGUAGAUUGUAUUUAUACCUUGUUUAGAGUAUAUACACAUAACUGUCAGGUUUGUGUUACUGUCUCUGCUGUAUAGGUGCUAUAUAUAGCACAUGUGGAAUGACACAUCUACACUGUCCCACGUCCUGCACAGUGCAGAGGUAAUACAUAGAGAUGUAUGUCCUUAAAAAACAAGAUUAUGUGAAGUGUUCUAAGGUGCUGGUCACAACUGUACAGUGAUGGGAGGAGCAAGCUGUGGAGGUUUAAGAAAAUUAAUGUCCAUCUUGGAAAGAAUUUUAACAUCCACAUUUUUCUAACUAGAAAACUGCCAUAUCUGUAUAUUGUGUCUUAAUAUUUUUCAGCAGUGGUCCUAUACUGUACUAUAUCACUGCUGCUCAGGGAGUACCUCCCAUUCCCUUCUCCCUGUGAGAUACAGUGCUGUCACUCCAAGGGAGUCAGUGACUUCAGAAGUCAGUGGUUUUCUUUUAAGCCAGCUUUACUCUGUAUUUUUCCCCCUUUCUGUUUUUACUAUAUUCCAUGGGCCUUAAUGUUUUAAUCUUUUCUUACUGCAGGAAUGGAGGAAGGAAGCCAAUUCAGCUGCAAGAAGGACUGUGGCUCUAGAGGGAUGGCAGUGACUGACUGUGUGUGCCACGACACAGGGCGUGGCCAGGCCCCUCUGCCCCAGCACUGGAUUCCUGGAGGGACAUCAGGGCUGCUCAUGCUUUUUAGAUAAAACAUAGCAAAGCUUUGUUCCAGUCUGUUCAGAGAUGCUUUUCUGAACAACACAAAGUUCAGGUUUCAGCUUUGACUCACUGUGAUAUCUGUGCCUUGUUCAGUCACUCAGGUGGCUCAUAAAGACUUGGACCAGGUGUUGUAUUCCAGGGCAGUGGUGCCUCCAACACUGUAAUAGUUUCUGGAGAACAUUCUGUCUGCCCUGAUUUGCAUCUUACCUUACUUAAACACAGUGAUACUCAAAGGCAGAACAAGAGCUGUAAGAUGGAAACUGGUUGAGAAGCUUUGUGCUUCCCUCCUGAUCUCGGUGCCCUGUGCUCAGCUGGGCAUGGGUGAGCCCCAUGUCCUGUUGGACUGCUGGGGGCCUUGAAGAACGAAUGUUUACAAUGGAAUAUUUGCUCUGACUUUCCACGUUUAUAUGACAAAUCCUGACAUUACAGAAGAACAUCUCUAAUGUCCACUCUGUGGAAUGGGAUGUCCAGCUUCUUUGUCAUCACCCAUUCUGUGUUUGGGUGAGGGAAUAAUGAGAGCUGGUUGUAUCAAAGAAAGAAUAAAACAAGAAAAAGACA